AUGUUGAAACCAUUCCAGAUCCGGGAUCUUCAUAGACCACCAUCUCCGGAAAAUACCAACGAACAGUUAGACCUCGUCCAUGAAUCGUCUCAUACGACUUCCCAAGAUCAUCGGUUUAGUCAACGUCGUCGAGGAAUCGUGUCUCUAUCUGCGUCACAGUACAAUGACAUUGCGUCGAAUCAUCCCCGGGCUCGGCUGACCUAUGUCGAUGACGAUGAUGGCGAACUUAUCACGGUUGGCUCUGCCCUCGAACUCUCACAGCGUCUCGAUGAGCCGGCUAUUGUCCCAACUCAACUAGAUGAAAUAUCCGUUCCUGAACCAAUACAUGUAUUCGACAUUCGGCGAUCAAAUUCGGUAGUAGAAUUGUGGAAGACGUUCGAAUACAACCCAGACUCGCAGAGCGUUCAACGAACUACAGAGGACCCCAGCGCCGCGAGAUCGGCAAAUGUUGAGACCCCGCAUCCCGGUAUCAGCGAGAGGACUGGUGCUGCUGAGGAUACUAGUCCUGCUAUGAGGGAAGAAGUCGAGCCACUCCUGGCUGCAUUUGAGGCUGAAAUGGUAAAGAUCCUAAGUGCCCCCGAUUCUCUGAAUGAGAACAACUCUCAACAGGAUAACAAUGCGCCUUCGGCGGAACCACAAUCGAGGAUAGCAGACGACAGACCCCGAUUGUUGGUAGAGAAUUUGAUCAACAGUAUGCUCAGUGGCUCUGAGGUGCUGGGUUCUAGACUACGCUCCACAGUUCCAAAGAUUGAACGACAGUUGCAAAAUGCCCAACAAGCUAUUCCUGACCAGUUUGGAUCCUCGAUGCAAGUAGCACUCACCACCCUGGAAGUUCACGCGAGAAACUUGGUUAAUGCCAUCAACAACGCGUCGACUACAAGAGGGCAAACCCCAGGCAACAUCUUCCAGGGGGGACUCCCCACGGCCGAGAGCACCGUAGAGGGUCUACGAAAUAUGGCAUCUGAACUUGGCAAUAUGGGCCACACUUUAUUUGAAGCGUUCGAGUCUGAGCUUGGAUGCAACGCCCAGAGACAUAAGAACAGUGGCCCGUCGGCCAGUGGACCAUCCGCUACCCAGACUGCGGAGCAGGAACAUCCAGUAGACGAUGUCCCAGUUAACGAUGUAUUCCGGCGAGCCGACACCGUCCAAUCCUCGCCGCCUCCUGCGACAACCCUGGAGAGAAAUGACACAGUGAGCGCUGAAAAGGCAGAAAUGCCACAAAUGCGUGCAGAAUCACAGGAUCACUCAAACACAGAGAAUGUCAAUCAGCUUGGGAGUCACAAUAAUGGUCCUUCCGUGAACCUCCAUCAGCAACCCGACGCAUCAGCUCCGGUAUCCUCGUCAAAUCAGGAAGGGCAAGUGCAUCCUCACGAGUCGUCCCAUUCCUCUAGCAGGCCCUAUGGAAGCGGUGCCGCGGACUACAACUCUCAUUUCUCUAUCCCUCGAUAUCCUUCUCAUCCCCCCACAGUUUGUUCUUGGUUCUCACAGCCGGAUCGCCAGUCUGUGCCACCCAACUUUCCUGGCCCAUUUUCACACCCACGACGACCUCAUGGGGGCUGGACUAAUACCACCCCGUAUCCCGUCUAUGAGCGACCACCUUAUACAAUGGCCCGGUAUAAUAUUGUUCCCCCUAUCCCUAACGAGAGGCCGAAUACUUCACCGGCGGAUCGCUCGGCGGAGACAGCACUGUUUAUCGGUAAUCUGGGGUUCAACGUUAAUGACAAAAUGAUUCGCGACGUUUUCGCCGCAAAGGGAUUCUUGGUUGAUGUACAUCUUCCUCUAGAUUCGCAGACGGGCAACCAUGCUGGUUUUGGUUAUCUGCAUUUCCCUUCAAUCCAUGCUGCGCGGGCGGCUUUGGACGGCCUGCAAGGAACCUUAAUUGAUGGCCAUUCGAUAAACCUUGAGUACAGCGAUAACUCGCCAAUUACCACUCUAAGCCCGAGUGGACGCGAUGGAUGCUCUCCCUCAAAGUCAUCGGGGCCUCAGCAUUCUGCUACAGAGAUAGGCCAAGCCUCGCCUCAAAGGCAGGCCCCUGGAAAUGAGCAGCAUCUUCCUGCCAACAGGGGUAGCUGGACGCGCUUCAGUCCUCCUCUUCUUCGACCACCGAUCACCAAUGGGCCUGAUAACCCCGAUCUACUCAAUGCCCGUUAUCCGUCUCUUGUUCCGGGGAGAGCUUCGCAGCCGUCCGGGGAGAACAAUAGGCCAUCCGAGUCUUUUCCGUAUUUAAUUCGACCGGCGGAGGCGGAGUCGCGAUUCCCUCCUGUUUCUCAGUUGGAUGCACACUUCCUAGCUGAACAGCGUCGAGAGACCAAUUCAUCUAACGCAUCUUCGUCUCGGGCUGCGCAAAACCCCGGCAACAAUGGAGUUCAUGGUCGGACUGCAUCGCCGAGCAUACCCGGUGCAUUCCCAGAGGUACCGAGGAGCGUUUAUCCAGUUUCUGGUCCGCCUCCAGAACCUCAUCCGCAACAGUCAAACAGUCCUAGCCAUACUCCUGGAGCAUUCCAGGGCCGCCGUUCAAGGACGGUGGGAUCCACCAAUCCACCCCGGAGACAUUCAGGUCUCUGGAAUCCUGGUCCCUCGAGAACUCGGGGUUUGGACAGAGCACGAAGACGUUGGUCUAGCGAACGCGGUUCACUUCAGGACAAUCAGCCUACAGCAAACUUGCCUCACCCUCAGAGGUCACAGGAACCUACGACUGAGAGGGAAGGCUCCCUAGCCUUCGAUGCCAGGCAACGCACAAUUGACUCCUGUGUUUCCACUCUGGCUAGCCUGGGUUACGGAAGCUCCGAGGAAGGUGGACUGCAGAGAAUUGCCGUGUAUGCAGCUGCCGCGGACGGGAGGGUUUCCGAGGCGAUCGAGAUGAUCGAGGAAGAACGGAAGGCAUACGAGCAACAAGGGUCAUGGUAG